AUGAAGGUUCCGUGGCCAGCAUCUUUCGAGGAUGGGGAUUUGCGGAUGUUCCUGGAGGAGUUCGAGGAUGUGGCGGAGUUGGCCGGAAUACGGACGGAUCGCGGCAAGUUGACGGCCCUCCGAGCGCUCCUCAAGGGUCGUGCGCGGGCAGUGUUGGACGCGGAACGAAGAGGCCCAGAGAAAAUGGAGUGGGCCGCCGCGAAGGACGCCCUGAUCGCGGGCUUCGACACCCCGACCGACCGCCAGGAGGCACUCCGUCGCUUCAAAACGGCGCAGCUCGGAGUCGGUGUGGACCCACUUUCGCAUGCCGUGACCCUGCGUGGGCUACUGGAUCGCGCACUACCGACAUUGGAUGAGAAUACUCGCUCAGAACUACUCCUUGACCGUUUCACAGAGAGUCUCCCGGAAGACAUACGCGAGAAAGCGAAACUCAUCAAUGUGGCACGUACCAUGGGCGUAAUGACCCUGGCCGAAGUUGCGAGGCAAUUCAUCGAUCAGGAAAUUGCGGCGGUGCGACUACAGGAAAUCCAUUAG